UUUUCGGGAUCAGUCUACGGUCAGCGUUCAGAACAGCAGUCACACUCAACUAAACAUGACGGGACGCGGCAAAGGAGGAAAAGGUCUUGGCAAAGGAGGCGCCAAACGUCAUCGUAAGGUGUUGCGUGAUAACAUCCAAGGGAUAACCAAGCCCGCCAUUCGUCGGUUAGCUCGCCGUGGUGGAGUGAAACGUAUUUCUGGUUUGAUCUACGAAGAAACACGGGGUGUGUUGAAAGUGUUCCUGGAAAACGUAAUCCGCGACGCCGUCACAUACACCGAACACGCUAAAAGGAAGACAGUCACCGCCAUGGACGUCGUCUACGCCUUGAAGCGACAAGGUCGUACUUUGUAUGGUUUCGGUGGUUAAGAAGAAUAACUAUUACGGCAUGUGUCAAAUUCUGCGCAAAACUCGCUCUAUCAUCUUAAAAAGGCCCUUUUCAGG